AUGGCGCACUCGUGUACUGCUCCAUGGCCACAUAACAGAACAGAACGCUUUCUUGCGGCUUGCCUCGCAUCUCCUCCACAAUCCCUUCAUCCUCAACACCCAGGUUAUGACCAGAUCGCUUGGACAUCUGCGGAGCAAAUUGAGUUUGUACUUUGUAGACCACACACAGGGGUACCGGCUAGUUCUCCAGUAGGUCACAUACAAGGCUACCGGCUAAAUCUCCUGUGGGAAAAGCACCGUGCACUUAGAAUGGGGGACCGAAUUGUCCUGGAGCGCAUACUUUCCGGAUUUGAGAAACCGACGAACCUCGCAUUAGCACUUUUACAGGAGAUCACUGAAAAUUUCUCUGAAAUGAGAAAAAUUGGGGAGGGUGGAUUUGGGGAGGUUUACAAGGGUGUGCUCCACAAUAGGAUUAUUGCCGUGAAGAGGAUAAUUGUGAGCGAACACACAAUCGACGACAGGCUAUUUGAUCGUGAAGUUAAAAAUUUGAUGAAGAUUAUUAGCCAUCGAAAUGUAGUUCGUUUUCUCGGCUUUUGUUCAAAUACACAUCGUGAGGCGAUAAAAGAGGAAGGAUCAACAGAAUUGGUUUUGGCCCAGAUGAGAGAAAGAUUACUUUGUUUCGAGUAUAUCAGCAACAGAAGCCUCGAUAAACAUAUUACCGAUGAAUUACGAGGACUUGAAUGGAGUAUACGAUACGAAAUAAUCAAAGGAAUUUGUCAUGGUUUGCAUUACCUUCACGAGGAAAAAAAUAUUAUUCAUAUGGACCUCAAACCUGGCAAUAUAAUGAUAGAUGAAGAUAUGGUGCCAAAGAUAACAGAUUUUGGUUUAUCAAGACUUGAUAAACAUACACACACCAGUGGUACCCGUUAUAUAACACAAGGAUACUGUGCUCCAGAAUACGUGAAUGGUGGCAAGACAUCAAAAAAGGCUGACAUGUAUAGUUUGGGUGUUAUACUCACGGAACUGAUAACCGGACUUAAGGGCGAUCCAGAAAAUGUUAAUAUAAGCCUUUACUCGGAUGACAUGCUUGGAAUUAAGCCGCUCGAACUACGGUUUCUCUUUGAGCGUCAGAAACAGAUAUCAUCCGUAGUUAAGCUAAUCAACAAGACAAAGGAUUACUACGCCUUCAACAUCGAAACACCAAGCCAACAGUACUGUGCACAACCAAACAAAGGCAUUGUGUGUCCACAAUCCAAGUGUACUAUCCAGAUAACAAUGCAAAUGCAUGAGACUACACCACAAGAUAUGCCGUACACCGACGAUUUUAUCGUGCAAAGCACAAAAGUCGACGGGGACCUUAGAGCAGGGGAUAUCACUGAUGUCUUGUUCAACAAAGAGCCGGGUAAAGUGGAUGAGGUAAUUUUGACAGUUGUGGUAUAUCUGCCUGAGAAAUCUAAGGGAGAUCUCAAGAGUCGAGAAGACACCAAGAAAAAACGGAAUAUGGUUGAAUAUGCUUUUAGCAAGGACAAACCUGGCGUCGGCGCAACUAUGCAAUCAGAGGACAUUAAUUCUAUUGGUUACAAAGAUGUGCGAGGACAAUGUACUGGGCAACCUGAGCACCAUAGCUUCCAUGCAGCUCCAAGCAUGCAAACCAAGAUGAGCAACAGAGUUGUGGAUCUUGCAACAGGGGCCAUGGGCAGCCUUCUCUACAAGCUUGGCGACCUCCUCAAGGAAGAGUACAAUCUAGAGAUUGGUGCGAAGACAGACAUAGAGUAUUUCUCAGAUGAGCUUUUGGAGAUGCAGUUAGCGCUCUGCAAGGUGUCCGAGGUACAACGAGACAACCUCAAUGACCAGGUCAUACACUGGGCCAACAAUGUUAGGGAUAUGUCAUAUGACAUUGAGGAUGUGGUUGAUGGCUUUUUGGUACACAUCGAGCAUGCCUCUAAUACAGGCUUCUUCAUGGGGCUCAUGCAGAACAUGUUCAAUCUCUUCAAGUGGGGAAAGACUCACAAUCCGAUCCGUGACACGAUCAAAGACAUAAAGAAACAAGUUAAAGAUGCGGCUGAUAGGCGUAGAAAGUGCAAGGUUGAUGAAGUCGUGGCUAAUGUAGCUGUCGUGACUACAAUUGACCCUCGCAUUUCAGCUAUAUACAAAGAUCAGAAAGAGCUCGUUGGAAUUAAAGAGCCAAGAAAUGAGCUAAUCAAGUGGCUCUCUGAUAAGGAGGGGGGUGGAGAUGUGUCUAAGAAGCAACUCAAGAUAGUCUCUAUUGUUGGAUUCGGAGGAUUGGGCAAGACAACACUUGCCAAGGCAGUGUAUGACAAGCUUCAAUCCCAGUUCUAUCCUAUGGUUUUUGUUCCAGUGGGUAGGAAUCCUAAUGUGAAAAAAGUUUUUGAGGCAAUUCUCCAUGAGCUUGGCUAUGGUUUCAAUGCACUAAACUUAAAUGAAAUGCAGCUCAUCAACAAAAUUCGAGAAUUGCUCCAGAACAAGAGGUACUUCAUAGUAAUUGAUGAUAUAUGGGAUUCCUCAGCGUGGGAUAUUAUUAAAUGUGCUUUGACAAAUGACAAUUGUGGCAGUGGAGUGUUGACAACUACCAGGAUUCGCUCUGUUGCUGAUGACUGUUGCAUACAUAGCAGAGGAUAUGUUUAUAUGAUGAAACCACUAAAUAACCAAGACUCAAGAAAACUUUUUGUUAGUAGAAUAUUUGGAAAUCAUGAUGAUCUUAAAGAUAUGGAACAAAUAUUGGAUCUUAGCUACAUGCAUCUCCCUCACCAUCUUAAGACAUGCCUGCUUGAUAUUGGUAAGUACCGAGAGGACCAGGAGAUAGAAAAGGAUUAUUUGCUGAGGCAAUGGAUAGCUCAAGAGUUUGUGAGCACAACUAGUGUGCGUGAUGCCGAGGAUGUCGCAGAAGACUACUUCUAUAAGCUCAUCAACAUGAGCAUGAUCCAACCUUGGAAGAUAGACUACAAUGAUGAGGUGUUGUCCUGCAAAGUACAUGAUAUAAUGCUUGAUCUCAUCAGAUCCAAGGUCGCAGAAGAAAAUUUUAGUCUUAUAAUAGAUGGGCCCGAAGUUGUGAUAAGGGAACACAAAAGGGUCCGCCGAGUCUCCAUUUAUUACAAUGGUGAAGAUGAUGGUGAAAUACUAGAAGCAAUCAGUGGGCCACUAUCGCAUGUUCGGUCGAUCUUACUUUUUAGAGGGCCUCUUGUGCCUUCUUUUCUGGUGCUGAAGUAUGUUCGAGUUCUUCACCUUGAAGAUGAGAGAUGUGAGAGGCUAGACCUCACCGGUAUUUGUGGGUUGUUUCUACUAAGGUAUUUAAAGAUUUUUUGCUGCAGGAUACAUUUGAUACUACCUAGUAAAAUUGGGGAGCUACGGCAAUUGGAGACAGUAGAAGUGGAAGGGCAAUAUAAACCGACAUCUCUUCCAUCAGAUAUUGUUACUUUGCCCCGGUUGUCGCAUCUCAGUUAUUCAAAUGGUCUGGUGUUGCCUGACGGGAUUGGCAAGUUGAAAUCUCUGCGCACCCUACGAGGUGCUGCAUUUUUGGAAAGCUCGGUGGACAAUAUUAAGGGCCUCGGCGAGCUGACAAACUUGAGGGAACUUGAGAUGUUUUCGGAAUUGCGGUUUUAUAAUGAAGAGGAUGAAUUGGAGUGGAAGAUGCAUAUUGAUGCCUUGCGCUCUUCCAUUGGAAAGCUUUCCAACACCCUCAGGAGCCUUUAUAUCGGAGAAAGAUGCCCCAUAGUACCGCUGGUCCAUGGCUGGAGCAGCACACUAACCCCACCUCGUCGUCUUCGGAAGCUUGAUCUGACUGGCUGUGAGUUCCAAGGAAUCCCCGAGUGGAUUGCUCAGCUCCACGAGCUCUACAGUUUAACUAUUUUCGUGAGGGAAGUGGCUGAUUUUGUCAGUAUUGUUGCAGGGUUGCGUUCCCUUGCGCACUUAGAAUUGCGGGGACUCAUGUAUGGACUGUCUAAAAGGGAAAAGUGGGUAAUCAUCAAUGCCAGGGCAUUCGGAGCGCUCAAGCAUCUGGAGUUGUACUGUCCUUAUGUGUCACUGGUCUUUGAAGCGGGAGCUAUGCCCAACCUAGAGAAGCUCGGCAUAUGCUUUCGUUUCUUCAUAUCUGCUGAAUUGUUACCAGUUGGCAUCGAGCACUUGCCAGCAGGCACUCUGCGGGAUAUCCAUUUAACGUUGGCGUCCAACGGUAAUGAGGUAGUGGCCUCCCAGUUCGAACAACAUAAAGCAGCUGUCGGUAUGCUGUUGAAGAGCGCGUUUGAGGCGCAUCAUCCUGCUGCAGAUGUCACCAUUGACUUUGAUAACGUCCUCAAGAGAUUGAUGCAGUCGCUGUAA